AUGACUCGGGAAUUUACUCUAAGCAAAGAGCAGAAGGUGAAACUGAAGAAGGCCAAUUUAGGCUGCCAUUCUGGAGAGGAGAAAGCCUUCAUCAGCUUGCUGCCACUCACUUGGCCACACUCAGAGACAUCCAGGCUCUGCAGGCUCCUGAGCUCCACCAUCCUCUCAAAAGCCCCCCAGCCGCGGAAAGGCCCGGUGCCCCUCCGCUGCAGCCUCACUGUGCUCUUUCCGCAGGCUGUGUACGCAGUGGUGAACCUGGUGAUCUGCUACCCCACCGCCUCUGUCUGGACAUGGCUUGCGUUUGUGUUCAGUUUGGUGGUAUACGGCACCAGCUACCGCUCCAUGAACUCCAUGGCAAAGCCGUCUUUCACAGAUGAUGGCAGCCUUGCUGACGGAGGCAUUGACCUGAAUAUGGAGCAGGGGAUGGCAGAGCACCUCAAGGAUGUGAUCCUGCUGACAGCUAUCGUCCAGGUUCUGAGCUGCUUCUCGCUCUACAUCUGGUACUUCUGGCUCUUGGCUCCGGGGCGUGCACUCUAUCUCCUGUGGGUGAACAUCCUGGGGCCCUGGUUUACAGCAGACUCUUCGGCUGCCAGUCAGGAGCCAAAUGAGAAGAAACAGCGCCGACAAGAACGUCGCCAGAUGAAGCGCUUCUAGCCCUGGCUGGGGAGAUGUGCUGUCUCUCAUCUCCAUGCUGUUACUUCAUCAGGGACGCAACUGAAACCAAUCAGAAAUCAUCGCAGUAUCUAUGUUGCCCUCUGUCAUUGCUGCCAUUUCACUGUUAAGGCUUGCAAGAGACUUCCCUUGGUUGGUUCUUAGUGCCAGUCGAGGCUUUGCUCCUUGUGAUGACAAGGGUGGGUUAUACUGGGAUGUGUUUAACUACCUUUUUAAUGCAGUGCUGUAUUGCAUUCAGGGUUGGGGAUUGCAAUGUUGGAGGAAAUAUUAUAUUAAAGAGCAGUCUAAUUGA